AUGCGUCUUCCGCAAAUUCGAAGCAAGCGAGCCAUCCGGCGCGAUCGGGAGCCAGGAUUCAUGUCUGAUUUUUUCCGCGCCUUCAACCGCAUAGUGGGACAGAGUCUGCGUACCACUAUGGCGUACCGCCCACAAGCCCAACGGUACGGCAGAACGGAUGGUCCAGACUCUGACUAG